AGCUUGUUAUAAAACCAGGCAUCUGCUACGCUUCUGCUUCACUCCUCGCUUCUUCCACCACUCACAACCGCAAGUGCUGUCAGGUGUAGCAGUCGACUCUAAAAUUAUGGCCAAGGAAAUGACUCUUCUGUGGGGCUCCGGCUCUCCUCCCUGCUGGAGGGUGCAGAUUGCUCUGGAAGAGAAGAAUUUGCAGGGCUACAACCAAAAACUGCUCUCCUUUGAGAAAGGGGAGCACAAGUCUAAGGAAGUCAUGGACAUGAAUCCCAGAGGACAACUUCCUGCCUUCAAGCAUAAAAGCUAUGUCCUGAAUGAGUCCUGCGCUGCCUGCAUCUACCUGGAGAGCCAGUUCAAGUCCCAGGGAAACAAGCUGAUCCCUGACUGCCCAGCUGAGCAAGCACUGAUGUACCAGCGCAUAUUUGAGAGUCUCACACUCAACCAGAAAAUGGCGGAUGUUAUCUACUACACGUGGAAGGUCCCUGAGCCAGAGAGACACGACUCUGCCCUAAAGAGAAACAAAGAGACUCUGAGUGCUGAGAUCAAGCUGUGGGAGGGAUACCUGCAGGCAACCGGACCUUUCCUGGCAGGAAAGAACUUUUCACUGGCUGAUGUGACAGUUUAUCCAUCCAUUGCUUAUAUCUUCCGUUUUGGGCUAUGUGAAGAGCGUUACCCUAAACUGGCAGCUUACUAUAACUCUCUGAAGAGCAGACCCAGCAUCAAAACCACCUGGCCUCCUACCUGGUUGGAGUCCCAGGGAUCGGACAUGCUGAAAGACAUCUGAGAAUCAAAUGUGUUAUAUGUAACUUCUACUUGCAUUGCACUACUCUAGCCUACAGCAUUUUUAUUAUACUUAGCAAUAUGCAUUUGCUGUUACUGUGUUAACUUGUAUUAACAUUAAUGUGUUUGUGACUUAAACAGCUGAUUCUUUUGGGGUUGUAAAGAAA